AUGGCCUAUGAUCCGGAGAAAGGCCAUGCAACAGGCCAGCACCCAACUGAAAAAUACAGUUCACCUGAGGUGAUCUCAGUUGACGAUGCUGCCUCUCACGAGACCGGUAUCCUGGUUAGGAUUCGCGCCCUGGAGGCUAGACUGGAUAAGAAACUCGGUAUAGAGUCUGAUGCCAUCGAGCGCAAGCGUGCUGAAGAUAAAAGAGAGGUGCAUUGGGUGGAGGAGAUAUCAAUGGCGGCUCUGUGGGCGAGUGGCACGAUGAACACCUCCUGCUUUGCGACUGGCUUCCUCGGCUGGGAAUUUGGCCUGACUAUGAAACAAUCGAUCCUCAUUACCAUCUUUGUUUCAAUCUUGGCUGCAUCACUGAGUGGGUUCUGUGCGACCUUUGGCGCUGUGACUGGCUUACGUCAAAUCAGUGUUAGUCGGUACAGCUUUGGUUGGUGGCCUAAUAAGCUGGUCGCCUUGCUGAACGGUAUCCAGCAAAUGGGAUGGGCUGCUGUCGCAUGCAUCACUGGAGGUCUUGCGUUGACGGCAGUAUCCGAUGGCCACGUCUCGUUGAUUCUUGGAAUUGUUAUUUUGGCUGUCGUGGCCCUGUUCAUUUCUUGCGUCGGGUUGAAGGCCAUUUUGAUUUACGAGAGAUGGGCCUGGAUGGUCUUUUUAAUUAUUUUCCUGAUCAUCUACGGCGAGACCGGUGAAUAUGCAGACAAUGCGGCCCCGGCUACCGUGACUGGUUCGAAUUUCUCCGGUGCCGUUCUCAGUCUAAUGGCCGUUGUUUACGGAUCCAGUGCCUCGUGGUGCACAAUGGCUAGCGACUACUAUGUUCACUAUCCUGCCAACACGUCUCGUUUGAAGAUUUUCCUCAUGACAACCUUUGGUAUCUCGAUUCCCACCUCGAUCGGCAUGGUCGCUGGCUGCAUGGUCGCGUCCGCUUUGAACACUAAGCCCGACUGGUCCGCCGCAUACGAGAAAGGGAUUGGCUAUCUCAUUCAAGAGAUGCUCCAUCCUCGCGGAUUCGCCAAGUUCCUCCUUACGCUCCUCGUUUUGUCCGGUAUCAACGUCAACGUCAUCAGCAUUUAUAGUUCCGCCAUCUCCUUUCAGCAACUUGCCCGACCCUUCGCUCGCAUUCCUCGGUCUCUUUGGACAUUGUUCUGCUUCGCCUGUAUCAUCGCCUUGUCAAUUGGUGGUCGGCAAAAGCUGAACGAAUACCUUCAAAAUUUCUUGAGUCUGCUGGGAUACUGGUGCACGAGUUAUGCCAUUAUCCUGUUCCAGGAACACUAUAUCUUCCGCAAGGGCAACUUUGAAAACUAUGAUCUCGAAGGAUGGAACGACCCGGCUAGGCUUCCGUUGGGAAUUGGCGCGAGUGUGGCGUUUGCCCUUGGGGUUGUGGCAUGGUGCAUGGGCAUGGAUGAGACUUGGUUUAUCGGUCCCCUUGCCCGCGUGAUUGGAGAUUACGGUGGUGAUGUUGCCAACGAGUUUACAUUCGUUGUGACGGCUUUGACUUAUCUACCGGCAAGAUACUUGGAGCUCAAGUACUUCGGUCGAUAA